AUGGUAAUAACAGCCUUCGCUAAAUUCUUGCUAGGGACGAAGCUCCCAGAUAUCACUAUGAAGCUCCCUGAGAUUAAUCACACGAGCAACCGCUCAACCGCAGAUCAUCAUGAUACUGAAAGCACCGUUCGAGAGCAAGAUCGCUUCAUGCCGAUAGCCAACGUGAUCAGAACAAUGAGGAAGAUCCUUCCUCCAAAUGCCAAAAUCUCCGAUGACGCUAAAGAAACAAUCCAGGAGUGCGUUUCUGAGUACAUCAGCUUCAUCACGAGUGAAGCCAACGAACGGUGCCAACAUGAGCAGCGCAAGACUAUCACUGCCGAGGACGUGCUUUGGGCCAUGAGCAAGCUGGGUUUUGACGACUACAUCCAGCCCCUCACCAUGUACCUGCACCGUUAUCGUGAGUUUGAUGGUGGUGAUCGUGGUGGCUUGAUUAGGGGUCCGGGAGACCCAUUGGUGAAGAGAACGGUUGACCACGGAACCUAUGGUGCCUUCGCACCACCAGCUUUUCACAUGAGUACUAAUCAUCACCAAGAGUUCUUCGGAGCGAAAGAUGCAUCAAAUGUAAGUUCAUCGCAAGCUGCAGUGGCUAACCUUGAGCCAUAUGUCCACUUUAAGAAGUAA